CUCCGCCCGGCUUCGUCUGGAAUGCGCAUGCGUGCCUAGUUCUCCCGGCUGCCUUUCGCUCGGCGUGUGGGUGAAAGCGCCGUUCUUUGCCUGGCUGUCAGGUCGGGAAGCGAGGGAAGGAAGGCGCGACCAUGGUGCUCGACUUGGACCUUUUCCGCGCUGACAAAGGCGGCGACCCGGAGCUGGUGCGGGAGACGCAGCGCAAGCGCUUCAAGGACCCGGCGCUGGUGGACGCGCUGGUAGAAGCCGACGGGGCCUGGCGGAGAUGCAGAUUCCGUGCAGACAAUCUGAAUAAGCUGAAGAACUUGUGUAGCAAAACAAUAGGCGAGAAAAUGAAGAAAAAAGAGCCAGUAGGAAAUGAUGACUGUAUACCAGAAAAUGCACAAAAUCUUGAUGAACUCACAGGAGACAUCUUAGCAGGUCUUCAGGUAAGCCAAAUUAAAAAAGUCCGUCUUCUGAUUGAUGAAGCAGUACUCAAGUGUGAUGAAGAACGCUUGAAGCUGGAAGCAGAACGGUUUGAGAACCUCAGAGAAAUUGGAAAUCUCCUUCACCCUUCUGUGCCAAUAAGCAAUGAUGAGGAUGUAGAUAACAAAGUGGAAAGGCUAUGGGGAGACUGCACAGUGAGGAAGAAAUACUCGCAUGUGGACCUGGUUGUUAUGGUGGAUGGAUAUGAGGGUGAAAAGGGAGCCAUCGUAGCUGGAAGCAGGGGCUACUUUCUUAAGGGUCCUCUGGUUUUUCUAGAGCAAGCUCUCAUUCAGUACGCCUUGCAGAUGUUACUCAGCAAAGGAUACACCCCUGUUUAUACCCCCUUCUUCAUGAGAAAAGAAGUAAUGCAGGAAGUAGCGCAGCUAAGCCAGUUUGAUGAAGAACUCUACAAAGUGCUUGGCAAGGGCAGUGAGAGAAGUGAUGAUAACACAAUUGAUGAGAAAUACCUGAUUGCUACAUCUGAACAGCCAAUUGCAGCUUUGCACAGGGAUGAAUGGCUGAAGCCUGAAGAUCUGCCCAUUAAAUACGCCGGACUGUCUACGUGCUUUCGUCAGGAAGUGGGCUCCCAUGGCCGAGAUACUAGAGGCAUUUUCCGAGUGCACCAGUUUGAAAAGAUUGAACAGUUUGUCUAUGCAUCGCCUCAUGAUAACAAGUCUUGGGAGAUGUUUGACGAGAUGAUUGCAACUGCUGAGGAGUUCUAUCAGUCCUUGGGCAUCCCUUACCACAUUGUGAAUAUUGUCUCAGGUUCUUUGAAUCAUGCUGCCAGUAAGAAGCUAGACCUGGAGGCCUGGUUCCCAGGCUCCGCAGCUUUCCGUGAACUAGUUUCCUGCUCAAACUGCACUGAUUACCAGGCACGCCGGCUUCGGAUCCGCUAUGGGCAAACUAAGAAAAUGAUGGACAAAGUGGAAUUUGUACAUAUGCUCAAUGCCACCAUGUGUGCUACAACACGCGCGAUAUGUGCCAUCCUGGAGAACUAUCAGACAGAAGAAGGAAUUGUUAUACCAGAGAAACUGAGAGACUUCAUGCCUCCAGGCUUGAAAGAAAUGAUAAAAUUUGUAAAGGCUGCACCUAUUGACCAAGAACUUUCCAAGAAGCAAAAGAAACAGCAUGAAGGAGGCAAAAAGAAAACAGCUGCUGGGGAUUGUGCCUUAGAAGGGAAGAUGCAGAACAUGGAUGUGAACAGCUCCUAAAACAUUACAGAGGUUGCCCCAUUAAGGGCAUCAAUCAAGGGGUGGGGCCAGCUCUUGGAUAUGAAUGGCUGCUUUCUUUCAUUCCCCCUUUGGCUAUAGGGAAAGUUAUUUUUUCCACCUCUGCUUCCACUCUCUUGUAGUACAAAAGGGUGAUACUUGCCACAGUAACCCUUUGAAUGUGGAAAAUACUUCAGGUGCUGAAUAUUUCCUGAACAUUUUUUGUGUUAUAAAUUAUGGUAGUUAUAUGUGAGAACGUCUCCUGUUGAAACCCUAAUUGCACAUCUAAGUAGAGGGAACAAAGUGUAGUGUUGUCAUUUGCUGGAAAUCACUGCAUGGCAGAAGCAAGCGGUUAAAACAGAGGUCAGAAGGGAAAAUAAGUGUAAGCACUUAUACUACUGUCGAGACAGUUUUGCAUUGUCAUAGGAUUGUAUCAUGUUCAGUCGGACUUGGAAUAAAUCAAACAUUAAGAAAUUGA